AGUCUCGUUCCACCGGUCACUGAACUAAUAAAAAAAAGAAGUUUAUCGUGAAUAACAGCGUUUCACAAUCGAAAGCGUUAUUAUUAUGACAGCUCUCUUGCGGCAAAUUUUCCAACAAUGUCGACAAACUUUUUGCAAGACUAUGCCAAAUGCCGACUAUCAUGUUGAGAUUGAACAAUUGCUAAGUUUAGUAAGGCAGUUAAAGCCUCACCAUGUUAACUUUGACGAAAAAUUAAUAAUGAACAAGGAAAGAUAUGUAUUUAACCACCUAAGAGCUCCUGUUUAUUAUAUUCAUAUGUUUGAAAAUCAAUUUUUUACAAUGUGCAUAUUUGUGUUGAAGAAUGGGACUCGUAUGCCUCUUCACGAUCAUCCUCAUAUGACGGGAAUACUGAAAGUUUUAUAUGGAAAUCUUACGAUAAAAUCAUAUAGUAACAUUCGAGAUCCAGAGUACAACGCAGCGGACGAGCUUCCACUCGAAAUCCGUUCACAUUUACGGAAAGAUCAAGUUAUAAAAAAAGUUAAGUUUGACGGUGAAAAGCAUUUAAAUGAAAAAGAUUGCUGCUAUCUUACAGAAAAGACUGGUAAUUUUCAUACACUAAGUGCAAUGGAUGGUCCAGCAGCAUUUUUAGACAUACUUGCACCUCCCUAUUCUGAGAGUUUAGGAAGAAAUUGUAGCUACUAUAAAGAAUUAUUGAAAUCAGAUGAAAGUGAAAUGGUAUAUUUAUCCGAAACGAGUAGUAGAGAGUAUUGGUGUGAAACUGCACCAUAUCUUGGUAUAAAUCUAAUAGAUGAAUCGUAA